AUGAAUCUCACUGCACUCUCUUUUCCUUUCUCAUUCCAUUCAUACCCAUCUUCCUCCCACAUCAAAUCUAUCAGUUCAAGACCACCAAAUGCUUCCUCACGGCAAAUCUCCCUAGACUCUCCUCCAGCCAACAGCAACAACCCAAGUUCUUCCCCAUCAACCGGAGUAGUUGUCAUUGGCGCUGGGCUAGCCGGCUUGGCCGCUGCGACUCGGCUUCAUGCUGAGAAGAUCCCAUUCCUCCUCCUGGAUGCAUCCGACGCCGUCGGUGGCCGUGUGCGCACCGACUUCGUCGACGGCUUCAUUCUUGAUCGCGGGUUUCAAAUUUUCAUCACUGCUUAUCCUCAAGCACAAAAACUUUUAGAUUACCAAAGUUUGAAUCUUCAGAAGUUUUACUCUGGGGCGCAGGUUUACUAUGAUGGUGGAUUUCACGUCGUAGCCGACCCAUUACGUCAUUUUUCGGAUUCUUUACAGAGUGUUGCAAACCCCAUUGGUAGUGUUUUUGAUAAAAUAUUGAUUGGGUUGACUAGAAUUAGGGUUUGGACACAGUCAGAUGAUGAAAUUUUGAUUGCCGAGGAGGUGAAGACGAUUGAUUUGUUGAGGAAAAUUGGGUUUUCGGAUUCCAUUUUGGACCGAUUUUUUCGACCCUUUUUUGGGGGGAUUUUCUUUGAUAGGGAGCUGGAAACCACGUCGCGUCUUUUCAAUUUUAUAUUCAAAUGUCUGGCUCUCGGAGAUAACACCCUCCCGGCGAACGGCAUUGCCGCAAUUCCCGAACAAUUGGCGGGUAAAUUGGACCCUAAUUCAGUUAUACUGAAUUCGAGGGUAGUUGCGAUAAAUCAGGAGUCGGAGGAGGGUAUAACUGUAAAUUUGGAAAAUGGGGAAGUCAUCAGGAGUGAACUAGGAGUGAUAUUGGCAGUUGAAGAGUUCGAAGCUGUUAAGAUUUUGGUAGGGAAAUGGGAUCCGGGUCGGGUGAAGAAGCCUGUUCGGAGCACUGUUUGUUUGUAUUUCUCGAUGGAUAGUGAUAAGGUCCCGGUUAAAGACCCGGUUUUGUUCUUAAAUGGCUCAGGUCAAGGGAUUGUAAAUAACAUGUUUUUCGCGACCAAUGUUGCCCAGUCGUAUGCCCCACCUGGCAAGGCAUUGGUGUCAGUGUCACUCAUUGGGCUGUAUGAUGAUGUGUCCGAUGAAGAGUUGGUGGAGACGGUGGUGAAGGAGUUGUCGGGGUGGUUUGGGGAGGCAGUGGUUGGUUCGUGGAGUUAUUUGAGGCUGUAUAGGAUCGCGUUUGCCCAGCCAAACCAAUGCCCGCCCACGGAUUUGAGGAAGAGCCCGAGAGUAAAUCGCGGAUUGUACGUAUGUGGAGAUUAUGUAACUAGUGCCACAUUUGAUGGAGCUUUGGAUUCUGGAUGGAGAGCGGUCGAAGCUUUGUUGAAAGAUAAGGCCGUGGUUAAAGUAUGA